UGGUUGGAUUGGUUAUGUUUAGACACAGAGCCAAUCAGAGGCAUAGCAGGGCGGGUCUUCUUCACAGAACGCAGUGAAACAGUGUUUUACAGUUGUGUUGACUGGACAUGAGGGCGGAAAUGAGUCUAAAGCCCAACGCCAGGUGUUCUGGACGGUGGCCUGGCAGACAGAAAGCCACGAUUUACCAGAAAAAAAGUUGAAUUCUCCAUCAUCAGAAUAUGUGUAAAUAUGUUCAAAAGUUGAACUAUUGGACAGAAGAUCUUUCUUACUUCACUGCAAAGUCAGUUCUGCGUCAACAAUAAAACUGACACUUAUAAAUGCAAUGAUGUUCUUAAUAAUAAUAAUAAUAGUAAUCAGAGAUACACUAGGAGCGAGAGGGACGUCAUGUCGGAGCUUCUCUUGUUAGCUGUAAAUCACCAUGGUUCUGAUGGAGGACGACACGUCCCAGUCCGAGGUCAUCGGUCUGGGUCUGUGUGACUCGUGUCCUCUGCUGUGGAGGACAAGGGACCUGAGGACCGUCCGGUCCCGGGGUCUGGUCGGGUCCCUGCUGGGGUCACUUCCCCGGAUGCCCCGACAGAACGGACGACUGGGUCGACCCCUGCUGCUGCAGCCGGAGGAGGAGCGACUACUGACAGAGCUGCACGCUGCUGCUGCACUGACCACUACUGACCAGCAGGCUAGAGGACGGGUGGAGCAGUACGAGGCGGAGCAGCAGACGAGUUAUGAGCAGCAGAAAAUUCUCGCUCUGGAAGACCGGAAGUCAGCGCUGCUCCGAGCCAUGACCUCAUCACAGACAGUUCCAGACUCUGGACCCAGGACCCCAGACGAGGCCCUGCGGGGCCGACUAGAGGCCCUGGACCGGAGCUUUACCUUCCCCCGCUCGGCGCUGGCGGUCCAGCUGAGCACGGUGAGGGCGGGGCUGUCCCACUUCCCAGAGGACCGGGCCCUCCUGCGGGCCGACUGGCCAAUAAGGGCGCAGGAUGACCCCCGCCGUGAUGUCAGAUACCAGGUGUUCAGAGACCUAAGGGGGCGGGGCUUCUACCUGACCUCAGCAGGGAAGUUCGGAGGAGACUUCCUCGUUUAUCCAGGUGACCCUCUUCGUUUCCACGCCCACUUCAUCGUCAUCUGUCUGUCAUUGGAGGAGAGCAUCGGCGUGCUGGACGUCCUGUCUGUUGCUCGUCUGGGCUCCAGCGUGAAGAAGACGGUCCUGCUCUGCUCGCCAGCGGCGGACGGAGCGGUGCUGUACACAUCGUUACAGUGGAGCGGGAUGGUGUGACAGGAAGUGAAGUCAGGUGUGACAGGAAGUGACGUCUGAUCACGUGUGUCCAGCAGCUCGUCACCACAGACAGACUGAAACUGACUCGACCCUAAAAAUGAUUGAAUGAUUGAUUUCAUCUUAAUGACACACAUACAUUAAUAUCAUUUGAAUAUGUUAAUAUCAUUUUAAUAUGUUAAUAUCAUGUUAAUACGUUAAUAUUACAUAUUAUUUUGUGAUGUCAGCUCAGUUUUUAUUCAGUUUUCAGUUAUGAACAGUCGCUGGUUUUCUACUUUUUUCUUAUAUUUGUUCAUAAUUAUUUGCCAAAAUUAGAUAAAAUACACAAUAAACAAAGUAAAAGAUGAAA